GGCAGCCGCAAAGGGCAGCCGCAAAGAGCAGCCGCAACAAGAGCAGUCGGGCAGGGCCCCAAAACGAGGAAUUAAAUAAAUUCAACCACCCUGAUUCGAGCGCCGCGCCGCGCGUAGGUUCAGCAGUGGAGGAGGGCGGGGUGAUGGCGCAGCAGGCGUGCCUCCAAAAGUGCCGCCUCGGCCCGCCGCAACCCGUAUACCCGCCGAACGAGUACACGGCUCCGCUGCCCCGCGACGGCGUGAGCACGGGCGACCCAAACGCGCGCUACGACCAUUUCCGCGCGCCGCGGGCCGACCACAUCCUCCGCGAGGCCGACUUCGACUACGGGACCGAGCUUGCGCAGCUCGCCGCGACCGGUCCGCCGCCUGCGGGCUUCUCGCCGCGGACGCCGCCGCCGCCCGGCGCGCUCGCGCUGGACGUCGACGCCGAGGGCCGCGUCCGGGAGCGCGAGCGCAUCAUGCGUCUCCGCGAGUCUUGUUUCUACCAAUUCUGCUGCUGCACGUGCUGUUCCGACGAGCUCUACAAGUACAGCCCGGAGCGGGACGACGCCCAGGAGCGCGCGGCGGCCGCCGCCCACGGCGCCUUCGUCGACGAGGCGCGAGGCACGCUCGUCGUGACGCGCCACGCCUACCGCGCGGUCGUGCCGAAGAACUACACGACGACGGACCAGUACGGCCACAAGUUCGCCGGCAUCGGCAUCGGGGCGCACGACGUGUCGGAGCGAGGCUUCGCCGUACCGCUGCGCUACUGCCGGGUCGCGGCGGUGCCGACGGGGUCCGUCGCCCGCCGGCCCCUCCUCCUCGAUCCGAAGGUUUCGGACUGCAAGGUCGAGGGUUCGGUCGUCGUCGUCUCGUGCGUGCCGACCGAGGCCGCGUCGCUGGAGGUCGUCGUGGCGUGCAUCGACGUGGGGCCCGCCGGCAACGCGGGCGCGUUCGCCGCCGCCGCCGCGCGGGCUGCGGCCGCGGCGCCGCCCGUGUCCGCGGCGGACCGGGCCGCCUACGACGAGUGGUUCGUCGCGACGCUGGCGCGCUCGGGCCAGACCAAGGGCCCCGGCCAGUUCCGCAAGGUCGUCGGCGGCCUCCCGACCGGGCCGGCCGCUUACCGGUCGGCGAGCACCGACUGGUUCGGCGGUGGCGCGACGAUCCGCGAGCUCGGCAUCCGGCUCGACAGCAGCAACGUCGUCUUCCAGACGAAGAGGACCAACCCUGUCGUCUUCGAGCACGUCAACACGGGCGACUGCCUGCACGGCAUCGACGGCCGGCAAUUGCCGGCCGGCGGCAAGAAGGCCGCCAAGGCCCUAGGGUCGCCCGAGUUCUGGGGCGGCAGCGCCGCGUCGGGGACCGGCGCCGGCCUGUUCACGACGCAGACUCCCGUGUACAACCCCGCGCGAGUCUACUCUGCGCCCCCCGUCGACGCGGGAGUGGCGAGGACGGCGACGCUCGCCGCGGCGGCGCCGCCGACGAUCGUGAGCGCCGGAGGCCUCGGCGCGGUCGGCGUCGCGGACGGCGACGUCAUCCUCAAAGCCGUCGUGAACGGCGCGCGCGUCGACGCGGCGGCCAUGGACGGCGCGGCCUUUGCCGCGGCGCUCGCGUCCGCCGCCGGGUCCGUUGUCCUGGAGUCGGUGCUGACGCUCCGCGACCCCGUCUUCGGGCAGGACCCCUGCAUGCAGCGGUCGCUCCCGUGGUGCGACAUCGGCGAGGCGAACCGGACGACCCAGGUCGCGCCGGUCUCAGGCGUGGUCGCCGUGGGGACUGUCGUCGCGCCGCCGUCAACGUUCAAGGUCCAAGUGCCGCCCGGCGGCUCUGCCGGCCAAACGAUCCAGAUACAAGCGCCGAACGGUGUGACGGUGCAGGUCCAAAUCCCGGUUGGCUGUGCGGCGGGCUCGACGUUCGAGGUCGCGAUGCCGGAACUAGCAUGAUCUCCUAUACUUUCUAGGAGCCUUUCCCUGUCCAUAUCCUAAUGAGUGCUAUCUACAAAA